AUGGCGAAAGCUUCCCAUACAUUGCAAAAAGGUGCUGUCGUCCAGCAAACCGCCAAAGCCCAUAACCUGAAAGGUCAACUGCCUGAAGGGAGCAUGGAAUCUUUGGCAACAACCAUUCGUUUCGUCACGCUGAACUGCCGAACACUAUCGAGUGAACUCCAACAAGCCGCUCUAUCCAGACUUCUGCGAUAUUUCUGUGUGCCUAUUGCUGCACUGCAGGAAACACGCAUGAGGGAUCGGUCCGUCAUCAGCAUCGAAAAUCACACCAUAUACUGCGGCGAUGCUGAUGAGAACAAAGUAGGUGGCGGCGCGAUAGCUGUGAGGAACGAUUACGAGAAAAUGGUGGAGGAAUUUGGCUCAACGUCGUCUAGAUGCGCCUUUCUACGACUGCGGGAUCGCAGAGGACGUAAACUCUGGAUCGUAAGUGCUCACGCACCUACGGAAACCGCUGAGAACAACAGUAAGGACGCCUUCUAUGAUGAACUCAAUGCGUUGAUGUCUACACCAAGCCAGCAGGUGGUCAUUGUCGGAAUCGACGCAAAUGCGAAGAUGGGACUCGAACAGUAA